GUCUUCUUACCUCUCCAGCGCCUGGGGUAGCCAAGGCCCGGGAGAGAGAGUAGCGAAGAUUCAAGCCUCUAAGGGUGGUUGCCGACUUUCGAGCAGGCUUGCAGCGACGCUGCCUGCGUCCUCCACUUCAUCCCGGCCCUUGCCCUGUGGCAGGUGCUCCGCUCAAGAUGAAUCUCAACUUCACCUCUCCUCUACACCCGGCGUCUUCUCAGAGGCCCACAUCCUUCUUCAUUGAGGACAUCCUGCUGCACAAGCCCAAGCCGCUGAGGGAGGUGGCCCCAGACCAUUUCGCCAGCUCUCUGGCCUCUCGGGUGCCUCUGCUAGACUAUGGCUACCCCCUGAUGCCCACGCCCACCCUCUUGGCUCCUCACGCCCAUCACCCUCUGCAUAAGGGAGACCACCACCACCCUUAUUUCCUCACCACUUCGGGGAUGCCCGUCCCAGCGCUGUUCCCGCACCCCCAGCACGCGGAGCUGCCGGGGAAGCAUUGCCGCCGCCGCAAAGCCCGCACGGUUUUCUCUGACUCGCAGCUCUCGGGCUUGGAGAAGAGAUUCGAGAUCCAGCGCUACCUGUCCACGCCAGAGCGAGUGGAGCUGGCCACGGCCCUCAGCCUGUCCGAGACGCAGGUGAAAACGUGGUUUCAGAACCGGCGGAUGAAGCAUAAAAAGCAACUGCGGAAAAGCCAAGACGAACCCAAAGCACCAGACGGGCCAGAAAGCCCCGAGGGUAGUUCCCGCGGCUCAGAGGUCGCCGCCGCCGAAGCUCGGCUGAGCCUGCCCGCCGGCCCCUUCGUGCUGACCGAGCCAGAGGACGAGGUGGACAUUGGAGACGAGGGGGAGCUGGGCUCAGGGCCGCACGUGCUCUGAGCCGCCAGGCUGGAGAGGGUAGUAGGCAGGGGAGGAGACUGCCCGGCAGAGCGCGGUUCCCUCCCGGACCGGAAGACUCAGACUCACUCUCGGCGAGCCUCGGAGAUCCGUUCCUG